CGGAGUAGGCGGGGCUAACCAUGCCUGGGUUUGAAUGUCGGAGAGUGAGGCGCUGAGAAAGCAGGAGAGCGGCCAGCAGCGGAACAACGGCUCCCCUUGUCAUUGUCACCUUACCGCGGACGGCUCUGCCACGGCGCUUCUAGCUCACAGGGCGAAGAUGGAUAACACAGAAGAACCUCAAAAAAAAAUCUUCAAAGCCCGUAAAACAAUGAAAGCAAGUGACCGACAACAAUUGGAAGCAGUACACAAAGCAAAAGAAGACCUGCUGAAGCCCACAGAGCAAAAGUUGGUUAAUGGAAACCAUGAAAACGGGGAUUCAGAUAUGAUCGCAUCCUAUGAUACAGACCACAUGGCAGACCAAACAGAAAUUAAUGGUGUAAUUGAUGCCCCACUGGAUACUCGAGAACUUCCAGCUCUCAAGCUUUCUGACUUAAAGGAAAGUAUGAAAAACCAUGACCAAACAGACUUGAAUGAACCCCUUGAACUGCAGUUUUCUCAUAGUCCUGAGUGCCAGGAAAAGAAGGAUGAAGACAUUACUGAGGCUAAUGUACAGACAACCGGUGAUCAAGGGGAAGCACCUUGUGAUGACCUGAGCAGUACAAUUAUAGACUCUGUGGACCAAACCGAAUCCAAUGAAUGUCCCUCAGUGGAAAACAAACCUUGUGAUGCAGAAGUUUCUGAAGACAAAAGUGAACAAAAUGUUUUUGAGGAAAUGGAAAAUCACAUACUUCUAGAUGGCAUCCACGAACUGGAAGAAGAAACUCCUGAAGAAGAUAUGACAGAGGCAAAGCCAGUCGAGAAGAGUAUAGAUGUGUUAUCAGGGAAGCAAGAUGAACAGGAAGACAAAGCUUUGGAUGGCUUGGAAGAGACUCCAAAGGCAAAAGAGGAUGAUUCAGGGGUUGCACAUAGCGAAGAGAAGGUUUUAGAGGAAGAAUCACAAGAGGAGCCAGAAAAUAAUACAGCGGAAGAGCAAGAAGAUGCAUUGGAUGCACAUGAUGAUAAUGAAGAACAUGCUAUAAACGAGGACAAAACUAAUCUGGUCAAUGAAGAGCAAGCAGAAGAAGAGACAGACAUGGUAACUGAAGAUGAUGGUGCAGAUGACAAAAAUGAGGCAGAGAUGCAGACUGUGGAUAAGGAUGCUGGAGAAGAGACCAUUUCAAGCAGUAUGGAGAUUGACCAAAAUCCUGGAGCUGUAGAACAGAAAUCGUGGGAUUCUGAAGCCACCUCAGACAAACCAGCUUCAGAUCUUCAGGCCGGACCUGUUUUGGAAAGUGCUGACAGCAUGGAGACUGAUGAAAUUAUUCCCAUUCUAGAAAAGUUAGCCCCAGUGGAAGAUGAACCUUUGUGCUUACCUGAGGCUGAUUUGCAGUCAGAGCAUAGUGUAACUAAUGAUGAUAAAGACAAGACUGAAAGUACCUUAACUUCUCCAAGCAAGCAAGAGAACAGCGAUAACUUGCCGAGUGGAGCCUUCCUAGUAUUGUCUGAUGAAGACCCAUGUGAUGAGAGUGCUCUGUCAGCAGAGGAAAAGAAUGCCGACCCACAAGAUGCUAGUGAUGAAGUUCAAGAGGAGCCUGCAGAAAAGGAGGAAGCCCAGAAAGUGGAAGAGGCGGAAAAGCAGCCAGUUGAAAAAACUGAUAUUUUCCGCAGGAAGCGUUCCAAAUCAGAAGACCUGGACAGUGAAAGCUCGAAACGAAGGCGGUUUGAAGAGGAAGAUUAUGACGCAGAGUUACAAGUAAAGAUUACGGCAGGCGUUGAUCUCAACGUGAAACUGCAGAAGGUGAUCCACAAGAUGCUGGAGGAGAAACUUAAUGUUUUACAAUGUGCCAUCUUCGACAAAACUCUAGCAGACCUGAAGACUCGAGUGGAGAAGAUUGAAUGCAAAAAGCAUGAGAAUAUAUUAUGUGCCAUUCAGGCUAAGAUAUCUCGGUUAACAAAGCGAUUUGGAGCAGCCAAAGAUGACUUUAAAAAACGUCCAGAGCCGUCUGCAGCCAUCCAACCCCCAUCCCCAGGCAAAACUGCAAAUGAAGGGCCUGCUGGCAAUAACGCCUUGACCUACAGAAAUGCCAGCACUGUAAGACAGAUGUUAGAAACAAAGCGAAAUGUAUCAGAGAGCACAACCACAUCGGCCGCUUUGCCAACAUCCAGUGCUGGUCAGUCUCCAGCUCCUGCUGCUUCAAGCACGCCGUUACGCACUACUAACUCUACGCAGCUGUCUGUGAGUCAGUCACAAUCCAGUGCUGGUGUACAAGGAAGGACACAGCCUGACUGGAAACUAAUCCAGCAGAGAAUAAACGCAGCGAGUAUUGGAACGCCUCAGAAUCUUUUAAGCAGCCAGUCAAAACCUUCUCCACCUGUCCCCUCCACAUCAGUGAUGACGUCUGUGCUUCCUGCACCCAGCACUACAACAGUGGUUGGCAACACCCAGGUGUCUGGAAAUAACACUCAGCCCAUGUCUGUGUCUUUGCAAUCCUUGCCAGUCAUUUUGCAUGUCCCCGUAGCCAUGUCCUCACAGUCACAGAUACUGCAGGGCACCACAGGAACAUUAGUUACUAAUCAGCAGUCUGGCAACGUGGAAUUCAUCCCAGUACAAAACGCAGCAGCAAUCAGUAAUUUAAAUAAAGCUCCAUCAGUGACCAUUGCUCAAACUAAGCCCAUUGCUAGCCCCUCAAUGGUCAGCCCUGGCAUUCAGCGCAACUCCCCGGCAAACCCCAGCACACCUGUAGCAGUGCAAGCUAUCCCUACAACUCCUUCAGCAGUGCAACCAUCCAGAACCCCAUUAUCAGCCACCGGAGCUGCAUCCUCCUACAACCAAGUUGGUAACCGCAAUUCUGUACAGAUGAAACCACCACAGUCUGCAUUUAACAGUGCAUUGUCCUCUGAAUCUCCAGUUGCUUCCAGACCAGAACUGCAAACCAAUAGGACGCCAGCAGCAGAGAAUGUGACGAAUAAACGAACCGCGGAGAGCAGCACACCGGGUGGAAAAUCUGGAAGUGGAGUUAUUGAUCUUACACUGGAUGAAGAAGACCUGGAAAGCACCUCUCAGGAUUCAAGGAGGAUGAGCUCUUCGGGCACGUCGGGAAACGCUCAGUCAUCCCAGGCAAUGAGCCGCCCCUCACAGCCUCAACAAGCAAAUAUGCCACCUUCUGCAGCAAACGCAGCACCGUCACAAGCUACCAUCCAUGUGCUGCCCACAGCUCAAACAACGGUUAAUGUAAAUCAGAGGUCUGUUCCUCAGCCACCAGCAAGGGUUAUGUCUGCACCACGAGCACCAAACACUCAGCAAAUGGUUUACACAACUGCUCUCUCCACUACUCCAUCUCAAACACCUGGGCGGAACACAAUCAUGCAGAACCAGAAUCUGCGCCAAGUCAGCCCACAAACUGGAGGAAUGCCUGUCCGAAUGCCGCAAGCUGCUACAUACGUAGUAAAUAGCGGAAUGUCUGUAGGUUCAUCAGGGCCACAGCUGACUGUUCAUCACCGUCCUCAGGAACAAGGAAGACCAAUCCACCCAGCACCAUUACCUGAGGCUCCCCAACCUCCACGCCUUCCUCCUGAAGCAAGUAACACUUCUGCUCCUCAGAAACCCCACCUUAAGCUCGCCCGAGUACAAAGCCAGAACGGAAUUGUUCUCUCCUGGAGCGUAUUGGAAGUAGAUCGCACUUGUGCAGCAGUGGACAGCUACCACCUGUAUGCUUAUCACGAAGACCCAGCAGCCACAUCUUCAUCACAAUGGAAGAAAAUUGGAGAAGUGAAAGCAUUGCCACUACCUAUGGCCUGCACUCUUACACAGUUUGUAUCUGGCAGCAAAUACUACUUUGCAGUACGAGCUAAGGACAUCUAUGGUCGCUUUGGUCCAUUUUGUGACCCACAGUCUACAGACGUCAUUUCAACUCAGAACAGCUAGAAACAAACACAAAGGAACAGACUUUAUUUUUGUUUGAGUUUUAAACCUCAUGCAUGAAUUUGACAUAACACAAACUACUGGCUUCUUGUUCUGGGACCAUUGCAAAGCAUUUGCCCAGUAUGUAUGAGAUUCAGUUAAUGCCCUGCAAAAAUCUUCUUAACCACUCAAAGGAGUUUGGUUUGGUCUGGCUGCUGUGGAAUAUAACUGAAUCAGGCCAUUUUCUAUUAACUGCAAUGAUAAUGGAUAGUGCAAGGGUAGCUGUGCAUUCACCAACCGUCAGAUGCUAUCCUGGGAAGGAGACCUAAAACCUGAUUAUUGUAGGAUGACUUUGUACUAUGGGUGCUGUAUUAUAAUGUGGUUAUGGAUGGGUGUCUAACUGCAACCCUCCAUCCACUAUAACUUUAGCUCUUAUGAGUGGACAAGUAUUACAGAGGAAGAAGCUUUGUGUGGGCUGUUCCUACACAGACAUAACCUCUAUGGUCCCCACUGGCUGGGGAUGCAUAAACUGAGCAAUUAUCUGUGGAGUGGAAAGUGAUAUCAACAUGUGGAUACUUCUGGGUAUUUUUUUUUUUUUUUUUUCUGUAUCCCCUUUUUUUUUUUUUUUUUUCCCAUUUCUUUUUGUGCCUUAACUUGAAAAGGAAUCAUUUUAAGAGUUUUGUGGCACUUACUAUUUGCUCUUAGCUAACCCAUUCAUCCUCCUGACCACACACGGUGGGGGGAAUCAAAUCUGUCUACAUCUCUUACGACAAAGAUGAGUAGUUUUAAUUCUUUUUUUUUUUUAUAUAUAUAUAAUUUUUACACAUUACAUUCAAGUUGGAGCUAAAGUAGUUCAAGAGCUGAAUGAGCGGUCAGUUUUGUUUGGCCUAUUGACCAUUGCUAGUUUAUAUAAUUACUGUAUGUGUGUGUUUUUUGUUGUGUGUUUUUUUUUUUUUUUUUUUAAAUGAAAGGAAAAACUCAGAGUGGUCUGAGACCUGAAAGUUUGAGUUGUACAACUUGAUUGUGCCUCACUAUAAAUAAGAAAUCUGAAUAUAUUUGGAAAUACAUGCAUGUAUUACUUCAUAUGUACAGCGUAUCCUCACCCUUUCCAUAGAGGAGACAUAUUUUUGUAUUAGUAAAAUUUUUCUUCAUGACUGAUAUAGCUGCAAAACCUUGAUACAAACCUUGGCUUUGCCAACACAGGAUUAAUUCAUUUUCUUAGCUGCAGUAACUCAGAUGUGCUAAACCUGUAGUGCAAAGCAAGGUCCAUAGUAGGACACUGAUGGGUUUUUUGUUAUGUUUUUUUUUUUUUUUUUUUUUUUUUAAGCGGUAACUGUUAUUGUGAAAUGUUUAAAUCUCUGAAGUAAGCAGCACAUCAAUAUUAUGCCGAAAUGACAAGCUAAACCAGACGUUGAUGGUUUUAAACACCUUGUGCAGUCUUUUCUUCCACUGACCUCUGUCACACACCACCGGCUUGCUUGUCACUGUAAAUCUAGAGCAGGCUAUUAUAGGAUUAAAGGGGGGGGGUUCUCUACCUUGCAGGAAAUAUUGUUACAAUGUAUGUAAAUAAAAUAUUUUUUACAAA